CCUCCCAUCAGAUGUGCGGCUCCCAGACACUGAUCACAUCAUGGAAAGAGCAUGUCGGCUGAUGAUCAGUGUCACAGCUGAUCCCCAGCAGUAAUUGCCACGCUGUCAUGUACACCAUCAGUGCCAGCUGUCAGUGUGCUCAUCAGUGCCACAUCAAUGCCCAUCAGUGCCAGCUGUCAUCAUCAGUGCCACAUCUGCCACCAGUGCAUAUCAAUGCCACAUAUCAGUGCCCAUCUGAGCUGCCUUUCAGUGUCACCCAUCAUUGCCAGUCAGUGCCACCUAUCAAUGCCAAUCAGUGCCACCUAUCAGUGCUGCCAAUUAGUGCCGCCUAUCAGUGCCAGUCAGUGCCGCCUAUC